CAUAUUUUCUAUUGCGUGCUUGGUGUAAACUUUUUUGCUCUCUUGGGGAGAGAGAGAGAGAGAGAGAGUGAGGUUGGUUCUGCAAGUCCUCUGGUCACUGGUGUUGUGGGUUUGCAGGUUUUUUCAUUGACGACUCACAAGUUGAAGUUCAAAGCUCUUUGAGAAUUGAUGGGUCUUUCUGUUUCGGUGCUUUUAUCCCCAUGGAGUGAAAUCCUAAGGCAUGAGUUUUUUGGCCUAACCGACACUUUAAAAAUGUUUAUCAUGAGGUCCAUGAGACUCAAAGAAUCUUCAUCAGAAACUCAAAACAAGUCUAGUACAUCACAUAAAGCGAAUAUAGAAAGGUCAACGAGCGUGAAAAAAAGGGAAUCAAGAGAACCAAAGAUUGAAGUAUAUGAUAAAUCAGACAAUUCGGUCCUAGGGAAAAACAAACCCGUCUCAAAACCUUCAAAUUCAAUAUGCCUAAACAAGGAAGCAACAAUGCAGAUACAAAAGCCCACCAUUUUGCUUCCUCAGCCGGUGAUUUUUUUCUCUCCGAGGCCCGUUAGCGAGCUUGACGCUGCAGCUACUAAGCUUCAGAAGGUCUACAAGAGUUACCGAACUAGGCGAAACCUUGCAGAUUGUGCUGUUGUGGUUGAGGAACUCUGGUGGAAGGCAUUAGACUUUGCAGCUCUAAAAAGGAGUUCAGUUUCAUUCUUCGAUAUUGAGAAGCCAGAGACUGCUUUUUCGCGGUGGUCACGAGCAAGAACAAGAGCUGCUAAGGUUGGAAAAGGCUUGUCCAAGGAUGAGAAGGCUCAGAAAUUAGCUUUACAGCACUGGCUUGAAGCUAUUGAUCCACGUCAUCGAUAUGGCCAUAACCUUCACUUCUACUACGAUGUCUGGUUUGAUAGCAAGAGCACCCAACCUUUCUUUUACUGGUUGGAUGUUGGUGAUGGUAAAGACUUGAACCUCAAGAAGUGUCAAAGGAAUGUCCUACAACAGCAAUGCAUCAGAUAUCUUGGACCGAUAGAGCGCGAAACGUAUGAAGUUGUGGUAGAGGAUGGUAAACUUGCGUACAGGCAAACUGGGGUGCUGGUGAACACAACUGAGGGGUCUAAGUGGAUAUUUGUGCUGAGCACGUCAAGGGCCUUGUAUGUGGGGCAGAAGAAGAAAGGCGUUUUUCAGCACUCGAGUUUUCUUUCCGGAGGAGCCACAACAGCAGCUGGAAGAUUAGUUGCCCGUGAUGGGGUUCUUGAGGCUAUAUGGCCAUACAGUGGUCACUAUCUCCCAACUGAAGACAACUUCAAGGAAUUCAUCAGCUUCCUCCAAGAGCACCAAGUAGACCUUACCAACGUUAAGAGAUAUUCAAUAGAAAAUGAAGGAACGUCAUUCAAAGUAACCAAUGAAGAAGAGAGCAAGGCAGAAGAUGAGCUCAACACUAUCUCCACAACCACGGUGGCAUUGGACAUUAAUGCCGUGAAUGGCAAGGAAUCCAACACCAUCCCGACGGAACGUCAAGAAAACAUUGCAAACUCCAACGUUGCCAAACCCGAAGCGCCAGUUUUCGACUUGGCCAAACGCUUGUCUUGCAAGUGGACAAGUGGGGUUGGUCCACGUAUUGGGUGUGUCAGGGACUAUCCUCUGGAGUUACAAUCCCGAGCACUUGAACAAGUCAACUUGUCUCCAAGGCUUACUCCGGGCAACAUUGGACCCUGUCUACCAAUCCCCUCACCGCGGCCCAGCCCAAAGAUCAGGGUCUCGCCCAGGCUUGCUUAUAUGGGCCUCCCCAGCCCAAGAUUGGCUCCGCCAUCUUUUUCUCCCGUCAAUGCCAAUUAAGCCUACUAAAACUUAUUCUCGUGCUCUUGGUCUUAGAAUGAGUUUCGUUCUCUUUUCUAAAUGAGAUGAAUUCUUUCAUUAGUUUGUUUUUUUUUUUUCUUUUUUUUGGGUGCAAGUUGUAAAUAUAUG